AAAAGAAAAGUAAACAACUUGGAGGUAGUGAAAUAAGAAUAGAUAGCAAAGGUAUUGGAGACGAUAAAGGUGUUGGAGAUGACAAAGAUGUUGAAGAUGAUGAAGAUGUUGAAGACAAUGAAGGUGUUAAAGAUAAUGAAGAUAUUGGAGACAACAAUAAAACAAGAAUAGAUAAUCAACUUGGUGAUAAAAAUAACUAUAAUUAUUGA